AUGGAUUGCACCUCUAUCCAAGACCUUGGACAGAGGAUUCCGCAAUACCUAAUCCAUUUCAGUGACUUUAAUAUCCUCAAAACUAUCGGUAGAGGUGGUUUUGGUGAAGUUUAUAUGGCAGAACAUCGCGGAACAGGAAUUAUUUGUGCUCUUAAGAAACUGACAGUCAAUGAACAAGAAUUUCUCGAAUCACAUCAGAAAUAUUUCAUUCGCGAAGUCUAUAUUCUUUCAAAAACUCAACAUCCGUUUCUUCUCCAGUUAUUAGGCUUUUCUGUUGAGUUUCCAUACUGCAUUGCCACGGAAUUCAUCAAUAAUGGAUCUCUUUAUGACGCUUUGCAUCAUAAAAGAGGCUGUCCAAACUUAUCUGGAACAAAUUUAACGAUUAUUGCGCUUGUUAGUGCUAUGGCUCUACAAAGUCUGCACAAGAAGAACAUCAUGCACAGAGAUAUCAAGACGUUAAACGUUCUUCUAGACGACAAAUGUUUACCUCAUAUUUGUGAUUUCGGUAUCUCAAGAGAGGACAAUGCUGAAGAAAUAGAAGAAGCUAGUUUAGUUACAGGCGAUAUCGGUACACCUAACUGGAUGGCUCCAGAGCUUUUCGGACAGACACAUUACGAUAAUCGUGUUGAUAUUUACGCUUUCGGUAUUAUGUUAUGGGAAAUGCUUACAGGAGAAGUUCCUUAUGCCGGCAAACAACCAUUCGUCAUCAUGCAACUCGUUACAAGUAGUGUUCGUCCAAAGAUUCCACCAAAUACACCUCGUCCUCUUGCUACGCUCAUUUCUACAUGCUGGGCACAAGAUCCAAAUGAUCGUGUUGACUUCGGCAAGAUCGCAAAAGCCUUUGAAAAGCACAAAGUCGAGUAUCCAGGAACAAAUCCAGAAGAAGUCGAUAAAUUCAUAAAAGACUGGAAAGCAGGCGUAUACCAGAACACCCAGAUACUCGGCCAACCACAACAAAGGCCUCAACAGAAGGUUCCUCAAGCAAAACCAGCAGAUGGCUUAUCUCAGCUGCUUACUAACCCAUUUGACCCUAAUUUCGAGUUCGCCGCCAUCCAGGCCAUACAGCAGGGAGCUCUUCCAACGUUUAUUCAGCUUUUACAACUCGUAUUUACCGCAUUCCAACAAAUUCAACCCGAAAUUACCUCUCGAUUACUCAAAGCUUUAGCACAGCUAUUCACAACUAAUGUUCGCUGCGCAGAAAUCUUCAUACAAGCUACAGCUUUCGUAAAUCUUCCAUAUACAAUUCCUGGAGCGGCCGAAGCAUGCAACGAGCUUGUAGAAGCCCUUUUCCAGCACGACCAAUCCAAGAUUACCCAUCAAUUACUCGAAUUCGCUUUGGGAUUAUGCCAAAGUUACCCAACAACAAGUUUGAACUGCCUUGCGAACUAUAUUAGUAAUCCCAAUGCACAAUUUGCCGAAGAAAUGGUCAGAUACAUGAUCUUUUACGCUGAUUAUUUCAAGAAAGCCGAAAAUGCGGAUUUAUACAUCGAUACCUUAUUCUUUUACGCCUCUACAGUUCCUAACUACCCAUAUCUACAGAACAUUGGCCAAGCCUUUGUCUCAUUCCUUUCAUCCGGAUCCGAAAAAGCCAUAGAAACAGCUUACAGAGCUCUAACUGAAAUGCCAAUCCCAGGAGUCUCAGUUCCAGCCGAUACAUUGAUCGCCCACAUGAGAUUCCCUUCUUUGGUCCUUCCAGCCUUACUUUACAUCACGACUAUGCCAGACUCUCUCAAAAUUUCACAUAACCUUAUUUCUUCUAUCGUCGAACAUGCACAACAAGAACCAUUAGCUGUUUAUGUUUUGUGCCUGUUUGCCGAGCGCGAAGACACUGCUAGAGAGUUAAUUUCAGCAUGGGACAAAUGGCUGAACACUCCGAUGAUCGCUGUUGCAGAUUCAAUGCGAAUUUUCUUGUCUUGCAUGUGCAAUUUGUCCGUAAGACAGAAUUUGCUGUCGAUCACGAGUUUGGCACUUUUCUUUAAGAUCGUGAUCGAAUCUAAUGACAGCGAGUUGUUGGAAAUGAUACAGCCAACACUGAGAAAACUUGAUGUCGGUGAUGAUUUCUGCAACCAAUGCAAAUCUACUUCGUUUUUGAAGGUUUUGCUGCAGAAUUCACUGCAACAAGGUUCUUGGCCGAUGUUGAUAACAGGACUGCAGCUCGUGGAGAUGCUGGCAAGAAAGUUCUUCCUCCCUGAUUACUUGGAAUACGUUCCUUACGCAUUGAACGUGAUUCAGCAGGGAGGAGGAGUUCAGAACACGAGUAUUUGCGUUUCUUUGAUUUUCUCUAUUACUGGUUUCCCUGAAUCACACGAAACUAUGAAGACUUUCGGACUGAAAGAGACCCUGAACCAGAAUUACUUGAGCGCUGAUUUAAUGCAAUACGCAAAUGCAAUAUUCCAACGACUAGGAAUUUAA